AUGAGAUGUGAAGGUAUUGAGGUCAGCUGUGUCCGUAGGACCUUUGCCAUGAUGGGUGCGCUCGCAUGGCAGCAAUCAAUCCAUUAUUGGUUUGGCCUUGAAUGGAUAAAAUGUUGUCAAAAAGAACCCAAUCCAACCAUUCAAGGGAACCACAAGAAUACACAAAAUUUCAUCCGUGGAAUGUUGAGAUCAAGCCAUAUGAGGAUUCAAUCACACAAAGAAUCAUCUACAAUCAAGGUACUACUCUUACUAUAUUCUUCAGCUGGAGUCAACUUGUCAAAAGCUGAAGGCUUAGAUCCAUAUAUAUUCCAAGUAACUGCAGUCUGA